AUGGGUCCGCCGAAGCAGCUGAAACGAACCUUCCUGGGCUUCGACCUGAGCACGCAAAAGCUCAAAGCGGUCCUGCUGGGCUCCAGUUUGGAGGUGGUUGCCAAGGCGGAGGUGAAAUUCGACACCGAUUUGCCGGAGUUCCGGACCACGGGAGGAGCCAAUGCCGGACCCAGCAAAAAUGAAUACUAUGUGCAGCCCGUGAUGUGGGUGAAGGCCAUGGACAUCGUUCUGGACCGACUGGUCAUGCAGCAGGCUGAUCUUAGUACAGUGGCGGCUGUAAGUGGCUCCGGGCAGCAGCACGGAUCGCUUUACUGGUCCAAGCACGGAAUAAGUACUCUGCAAAAUCUCGACUCCGACAAGUUCCUUCACGCACAAAUCGACGACUCCGCCUUUGUGGUCAACCGGACUCCCAUUUGGAUGGACGCCACCACCACGAAACAGUGCCUUGAGAUGGAGAUGGCCGUUGGCGGCAAGCUUAAGAUGGUAGAGCUCACCGGCUCCAAGUGCUACGAACGCUUCACGGGCCCCCAAAUCCGAAAGAUAUAUCAGAAACGCUGCCACGCCUACGACGAGGCCGUGCGAAUCUCAUUGGUCAGCAGUUUUAUAUCAUCGCUCUUUCUGGGUUCUGUUGCUCCGAUUGACUUCAGUGAUGGUUCCGGCAUGAAUCUGCUGAACAUCCGUAAACGGAACUGGUCCAAGGAAUGCCUAAAUGUCUGUGCACCUGAUCUUGACGAGCGCCUCGGGGUUCCCGUCAGCCCUCACACGCUUUUGGGCAACGUUUCGAAAUACUUUGUGAAGCGAUUUAGUUUUACGCCCGAUUGCAAGGUGAUCGCCAGUACGGGGGACAAUUGUUCUGCUCUCUCCGGGAUGCUGGUGGGCAGCAACUGGCUGACCAUUUCCCUGGGCACCAGCGACACCUUGAUGAUGAGCAUGAAGGAGCAACUGCAUUGGGAGGAGGGUCACGUGUUGUGUCAUCCCACCGAAACUGAGGCAUUCAUGGGCCUGCUAUGCUUUAGAAACGCGUCUUUGGUCCGCGAGGGAGUCAACAAGUCGAUGACCGGCGGCAACUGGGACAAGUUUAACGAGUAUCUCGACUCCACUCCUCGCGGAAACUUCGGAAACAUGGCUAUUCAUUUUAUAGACAUGGAAAUAAUUCCCAAGGCGCAGGGAAUUCUGCGGUGGAACAAGGAAAUUGUACCCAGCACUCCGGAGGCAGCCAAGGGUGUUAUCAAAUUCAGCUCGCCUCAAAUUGAAAUUCGUGCCCUAGUUGAAGGCCAGAUGUUGCAUCACCGGGCUGUGGCCGAAGACCAUGGCUACCGUUUUGGGCCCGACACUCAAAUCCUUGUCACAGGAGGCGCCUCCGUUAACAAAUCGAUACUGCAGACUGUCGCCGAUGUGUUCAAUUCUCCCGUCCAUGUCCAGGACGAAGGACAUGAAGCCGCCCUGAUGGGAGCCGCUUACAGAGCCUCCUAUUCUCUGUACCUUCAGGAACAGGAUAAGAAGAAGGAACCACUCUGCUACCGAGAUUACAUCCUAAGUCUGACCAGCAACAAGUUGGACCUCGUUUGCGAACCACACAAGGACAGCGAGCAAAUCUACGCUCCGAUGCUCCUCCGAUAUCGCGAAAUGGCUCGCGUCCUGGCCAAUCCAGAUACAUAGACUCAACGAAAACCCAACUAAACAUUCCGUUUUCUACUCUGCGCAUUCCCCAAUUCCCUUUUGUACAUCACCUGAAAAUUAUAGAACUAAAGUGCAAUUAA